GGAGUUUUGCGGAGAAGACUUACGAAUGGAGCUCAGAAGAGGAGGAGUCCGUGAGGAAGGCAGGACCGGUGCAAGUCCUCAUUGUCAAAGACGACCAUUCCUUUGAACUGGAUGAAGCUGCACUGAACCGCAUCCUCCUCUCAGAGGCUGUCAGAGAUAAAGAGGUCGUGGCCGUGUCCGUUGCCGGCGCUUUUAGAAAAGGAAAAUCGUUCCUGAUGGACUUCAUGUUGCGGUACAUGUACAAUAAGGAAGCAGUGGACUGGGUUGGAGAUUACAACGAGCCUCUGACUGGUUUCUCAUGGAGAGGAGGGUCUGAGCGGGAGACGACUGGCAUUCAGAUAUGGAGUGAGGUUUUCCUGGUGGACAAGCCCGAUGGUAAAAAGGUUGCGGUGUUGCUGAUGGACACGCAGGGGACCUUUGACAGCCAGUCCACCCUGCGGGAUUCGGCCACCGUGUUUGCCCUCAGCACAAUGAUCAGCUCGAUACAGGUUUACAACUUGUCCCAGAACGUGCAGGAGGAUGAUCUGCAGCACUUGCAGCUUUUCACUGAGUAUGGCCGGCUGGCCAUGGAGGAGACAUUCCUGAAACCCUUCCAGUCCCUUAUAUUCCUUGUUCGUGACUGGAGCUUCCCGUAUGAAUUUUCCUAUGGAUCUGACGGUGGUGCAAGAUUUCUGGAGAAGCGGCUGAAGGUCUCGGGAAAUCAGCAUGAAGAGCUGCAGAAGUCAUUCUUCACCAAAAUCUCCUGCUUCCUCUUACCUCACCCGGGCCUGAAAGUCGCUACCAACCCUAAUUUCGAUGGAAAACUGAAAGAAAUAGACGACGAGUUCAUCAAGAACUUGAAGAUUUUGAUUCCUUGGCUUCUUAGUCCCGAGAGCCUGGACGUGAAGGAGAUCAACGGAAACCACAUCACCUGCCGAGGCCUCGUGGAGUAUUUUAAGGCCUACAUAAAGAUCUACCAAGGGGAAGAGUUGCCGCAUCCGAAGUCAAUGCUGCAGGCCACAGCAGAAGCCAACAAUUUAGCAGCAGUUGCCACUGCCAAGGACACCUACAGCAGGAGGAUGGAGGAGGUCUGUGGCGGGGACAAACCCUUCCUCGCACCUAGCGACCUCCAGACCAAACACGUGGAGCUGAAGGAGGAGGCCGUAAAGCAAUUCCGCGGGGUGAAGAAGAUGGGUGGCGAGGAAUUCAGCCGUCGCUACCUCCAGCAGCUGGAGAACGAGAUCGAUGAGCUCUACAUCCAGUACAUCAAGCACAACGACAGCAAGAACAUCUUCCACGCCGCCCGCACCCCCGCCACGCUCUUCGUGGUCAUCUUCAUCACUUACGUGAUAGCUGGAGUGACCGGCUUCAUUGGCUUGGACAUCAUAGCCAGCCUGUGCAACAUGAUCAUGGGCUUGACCCUUAUCACUCUCUGUACCUGGGCAUAUAUCAGAUACUCUGGGGAGUACAGAGAACUGGGCGCAGUAAUAGACCAAGUGGCUGCAGCGUUGUGGGACCAGGUAGGAUAAAGAG